UGGAAAACGAGACAAAACAGCGUCACCUGUCGAAGUGCUGUCAACAAAAUUUCUCAGCGAAUAGUGAUUUACUGAUUUUACCAGUUUCAGUCAACACAUGACACAUGAUCUUUCGCACAGUAUUAAAUAUCAUUUUUUCUUUUUUAACCACGCAAGUAAGAUGUGCAUCCUAUAAGGACCUGAAGACGGCAAACCGAAAGGAGAAACAUGUAUACUGCAAGAGAGGAACUCCAGGAGGCCUUGUGCUGCUACACCACAGAUACCCUCACCUACAUCGACACAGUGAGAGGAUUCUGUGAGAGGAGCUCUAAAUGGAUGCUCGGGAGAGAGACAGAGGUGGAUGUGAUGAUGGACAUCAAGGACAGGGCUGACAGCAUCAUUCUAGGCAUCGGACAUGUUACCCAGUCAGAGAACAGAGGUAAAGCCUUUUUAGAAUAUAUGAAGAGCAAGGUAACCCAGGUGACUGCAGACAGCAGGCGUGCAGAGCUGGAGAAAGAGCUUGCUGCCGUGCUGAAGGGCACUCUGGGAGGAUUGGAGGAGCUCGACCGCUUCCUGGAUGCAGUGGAGACGCUGGCGGUCACCUCGCUUCAUGUAUUCAAAGAGGAGAACCAGGUGUUGCGUCUGCCAGAAGGGAUCAGUCCUGAAGAUGUUCAGGUUGUCAUCACAGCUGCGCGGCUGAUCUGCCCUCUCCUCCUUGAAUUUAAAAGAGAUGCAAGUGUCUUCUUCCUUCCCAAACUUCAGAAUGUGGAGGUGCUGUCAUAUCAGCUGGACAAAUACAUUCAGACCACCCAGAAAAUCUGUGGGAAGUUAGACAAAAGCUCCCUCUGUGAGUUUGGCCUUAAGAAGAACACAGAGACUCUGGUGGACCUCAGUGUAGAUUUUUCUGAGGAUGACAUACAAAGGAUGCUUUUUCACAUUAAUCUGCUUGAUAGAAUCAGGAUGAACCAGAACUUUCGCAUGGUGUUCUUGUUUCAGGAUGACACAUGUUCUUGCUUCAUUGAUGAGUUCAGCAAGCGACAGCCCAGAAUGCUGCAGUUUCUCAAAGAGCUGGAGGCGAACGCUGUUCAGCUGGACAGGAUGCAUAAAGGGGCAAAGAUCUCCAGUGUGGCAGGCAGCUCAGUGGGGGCAGUUAGUGGUGUACUUUCUAUCAUUGGUUUGGCAUUGAUUCCUGUAACAGCUGGAGUGUCUUUAGUUCUGACAAUGACAGGGUUAGGGCUGGGAAUUACCAGCGGAGUCAAUAAUGCUGUCACGACCGCCACAGAGAUCGGAGUAAACCACAAACAUCAAAAGAAAGCCAGUAAAGUCUUCCAGAGCUUCAUGGAGGAUGUGCAGAGUCUCCAGGAUUGUCUAGUAAGUUCAAUGGUCCCCAAAAUUGAAGCGAGUGAGGUAGAUGUAGCUCUGGGAGCUGCCAAGGUUGUUACUAAAGUUGGAACUGUUGGAAAAGCCAUUGAUUCACUUGCUGAUGCUGCCUCCACUGUGUUAAAAAGUGAUGAGCUGAUUGCAAGUGCUGGCAAAGCAGCAAUGCAGGAAGGAGAGGCAUUACGUAAUGUGCCCAGGGUGGCCUCAGAUCUCCCAGAUAUUGGACAGGCCACAUUAAAAGGGCCUCUUGCCCUCUCCAAGUCUGCCAGGGGAUUUUACAUGGGGGUCAAUGCACUGUUCCUUGGCAUGGAUAUCUUCUUCAUCUGUAAAGACAGCGUCAGUUUGGCCAAAGGCUGCGAGGCUGAAGUCUCACAGUUAAUCAGAGCCAGAGCUGCACUUUGGAGCUCAGAGAUGGACUCAUGGCAGAAGAUCCAUGACUUACUCAGCAAAGGUCUCGAGACAUCAGAGAAAAACAAAGCUAUUUUGGAGACGCCAUUUUAUCCCGAGCUGAAGAUGAAGAAACAAGAAGAAACAGAAAUACCAUCCAUGGAUAAAAAACUAAGAAUGGAGGAGAAACAAAAUGUGUAAUACAGCACAGGUUAAACCACGCACUCAUUUAUUUGUGGCGGCCCACCAUGAUUAAAAAAUCUGCCACCACAAAUAGAUUUUCUUCUUCUAUUUGGAGUAGGACUAUUUAUUAGGAAACAUAUAUAUAUACUGUUCCGGUGCUCAUCACACCGCACUCUUGAAGCAAAGAGCAUACUCUGGGCACAGACGGAGCAGCAGACGUGCUAAAAGUGAAACUUAACGAUUCAUUCUUUUGGGUCAAGUUUGCCUUCACCCUCCAGCAGCUGCUCCUCUCAUCCAUCGAUCUGUUCUGAUUGGAUCAACAGAUAAAUUAUUCACCUCACAAGUCAGAAACUGCUGCUGAGGAAACAAAAGAUGUUAUCAAGAGCUCAGCCUGUGCUGCAUUCACUGACCUGCAGAAACCUCUGAAUUUAGAGAGGGGGCACAGAAUGAUUUAUCUACAGCCAUAUACACUCUAAUUCUGUGGGAAACACUGCAGUAGUGCUCAGUUAACAGAGACAAUUUCUGCAUUUGUGGCCGCAAUCACAAUUUGCCUUGUUGCCAACUUGAAUACUUUUAUCAGACAUACGAUCCAUUUCAAGUUUCAGUGUGCAGGAAUUUGUGGCAUCUAGCAUUUAGGCUGCAGAACUGAAACUUCUCCCAUUUGCCAAGUCUGUAGGAGAACUACAGUGGCCGAUGUGAUAAUGCAGAUGGAUCUACCCAGUGCUAGUGUUUUGUAUGCUUGCUCAGGGCUGCUGUCGAAUUACAUGGAUGAUUUACAUGAGAGAGGACCCACUCAGUAUAUUGACAUAAACAGCUUGUUUUAAGGUAACAAAAUCACAAUCUUUUUAGUUUCAAGUGACGUUAAACUAUUAAAAACAUGGUUAUGAAUAUUAUAAACUAUCUCGUCCAAUGGAUGCUGAUAAAUCCUACACACUGAACCUUUACACUCAGCUUAUAGCUCACUUUUCAACAUCAAAUAUCAUUAAAUAACCUUUUGCUCAAACUGUUCAAAACACCAUGUAUUAUAAGUGUAAUUUAAUACAUAUGUUACAUGAAAUGUAACUGGAAUUAUUAUUACUAUUUUUGUUCUGGAGUGGCAGUUACCGAUUGGUCAGAAUGCAUGAUGCAUAAUUGUAUAUUUUAUGUAACAGUAUGAUUGUCAUUAUUUGAAUAUAUAUUUUAAUCUGCACAUUUUUCUUGCAAACAAAAUAGAUGCAAUUUUAAAAAGUAGCUUUUUUUUAAAUCAGUUGCAUUAUACACUGUGUGUGUGUGUGUGUGUGUGUGCGUGCACGUGCAUAAUUGGGGUUAGAUAAUAAAAUAUGCAGCAUGAAUUAAGAUUAUUAGAAAAAUGAUUUCCCUCCACCUUCCUACAUAGAUCUUUUCAUUAUAAAUACAGCAAACACUAACAGUUAGGAUUUAUCAUUUUGUUACGUACUAUUCUGGUGUGCUCUGUUAUAGUAGACUCAAUCAUUAUACAGAUCACAUAUACUAUAAUUUGCUGACUUUGCUGUGACUAACACACCACUGUGUAACUUUUCUUAAGAUGAUAUCAUCACCUGUAAAACCUUGACUGGUGUUUUUACUGAGCUCACUCAGAGAAGUGGUCAGUAAUCCACUCUGCUGCUUUCUGGCUGUUGACAGCUGAGCUUUGCAGUGGUGAUAGCUGUAUUCAGAUGUUUAAGUAAAACUAGCAAUACCACAAUGUAGAAAUAAACUAUUAUGAAUAAAAGUCCUGCCUUCAAAAACACAAAAGUACAAAAGUAUUAUCAAAAAUAUUUAAUGUACAAAAAGUACUCAUUAUAUAGAAUGGCGCAUUUCAAAAUAAAAGCCUAUAAAUUACAUCAUGACUUAUUCUUAUCAAUACAUUAAUGUUUACAUCACCUUAAAAUUGCAAUCAGUCAAUUUAGGUUUCGCUAGAUAACU